AUGAUAUUUUGUGAUGAUCAUCCAUCAAAUCCAAUUGUAUUUAUUUGUACUGGCAAUCAUAAUUGUAAAAGAAAAUUGUGCGCUUAAUGUCAAUUUGAGCAUAAAGUAGCAUCUAAUAAAGAUUUUAUUCCAGCAUAAUUGUUUUAAAAAAUAAUUGAAGAAAAAAUAGAUUAAGUCAAAAAUCAUCCUAAAUCAUUGCAGGAUCGAAUUAAAAAAGAUUUCAAAAGUUUUAUAGGUGAAACUAUAAAUAUUUUAAAAAUAUAAUUGGAUAUUAUAAUAGAAUAAAUUUUAUAAAAAUUUGAGUAACUUGAAAAAGAAGAUUAAAGGUAUUCUAAUAUAUUUGAAUCUGGUAUUCAUUUAUUAGAAUUAUCAUAACAAGAUCUUGACUUUAUAAUUGGAAUUUUAAAUAAUUAAUUAGAAAGAUGGUUAAUAUACAAGGAUAAUUAUUGUAUAUAAUUAAAUAAUACAAUCAAAAAUUUUAAAAAAGAUGCUGAAAAUUAUCAUUAAUAAAUUAACUUAGUCUAAGAGAAAAUUGCUUCAAUGGAGUAAAUAUAUUAUUAUAUAUUUCUUUAGAAAUUAAAAAUGUUAAGGACUGAAGAAGUUUUUCACAAUUUUAUAAAAAACUGAAUUUUAAAUUUCUUAUUCAAAAGAUAUUAAGAUUAUCUAUUAAUAGGAUGGAGAGAUACUUAAAAUGUAAUUAUUACUUAUUUAAAAAGUGAUGAAAUAGAAAUAUAUUAAAAUAAACCUGAAUCAAUUAUAAAUUUAGAAUAGAUUAAACAUUUAACUUGGAAGGGUUAAUUAGAUAAAAAUUAAAAAAAAGUUGGAAAUUGGUAUCCUCUUUGGAAAGGAGAAACUAUAAAUGCUGGUGGAAAUUAUGGAGAUGAUGGAAAAAAAAUUGGAGAUUGGGUAGAAUUAAUAGAUAAUUUUUGGGAGUAUUUUAAAAUUCAAAAUAAUAGUUAAGCUUAAGUAUUUGAAAUAGGAAAAUAUUAAAAUAAUUAUAAAUGUGGGAUAUGGGAUAUUAUAAAGAAUUAAAAAAAAAUGUAUUUAUUGUCUAUUGAUAUUUAAAGUGGUGGCGGUGAGUAUAUAAAAAAUGGAAUUAAGAAUGGAAAUUGGACUCAAUUAGAUAAUAAUUAUUAUGAGUAUUUAUUUAAAAAAAGUAAAGGGGGAAAAAAGUUGUUUAUAAUGGUAAAUAUUUAGAUGGAAAAAAAUGUUAAAAAUGGAAUAUAAUUUUAGAUGGAGAAUGCAUGUAAAAAUUAUUCUUUAUUUCAAUAGUGGAGGAGGAUCUUAUGAUGAUGAUGGAUAAAAAGAUGGAGAAUGGAGAGAAUUACAUUUUAAUUUUAAUGAGUUAAUAAAAUUAUUAUUUUUUAGGAAUAACCGAAUAACUGAAAUUGGAAUUUAUAAAAAUGGAAAAAAAGUUGGAAAAUGGGAAAUCAAGAAUGAAGGAAAUUAAAUAAUGUCUAAAAAAUUAUAAUUAUUUUUUAGUGGUGAGGGUACUUUUGAUCAAUGUGGUCUCAAAAAUGGAAAUUGGGUAGAAUUACAUGAUUAUUAUUCAGUGUAUCUUAUUAAUAAAUUUCAAUUAGGCAAAAUUAAAUUACUUAUUUAGGUGAAUAUAGAAAUGGAAAAAAAUGUAACAGAUGGGAUACUAAAUUUAAAAUAGAAGAAGAAGUUGUUCAGGAAGAAAUCAUGUAAAAUUUAUAAAUAAAAUUUUUAGAGGAGAGGAUAUUAUAAUCUAUAUGAAUAGAAAAAUUAAAAUUGGUUAGAAUUGCAUGAUAAUUUUAAUAAGUAAAUAAAAUUUUAACCAAAAAUCAAGUUCUUCAUAGGUGAUUUAAAUAGGAGAAUAUUAGAAUUGGAAAAGAAAAGGAAGAUGGAAUAUAAUGUAUAGAAAGGAUUUUAAAUCAGUUUUUGAGUAAAUGUAAAUUAAGUGGUGGAG